AUGUACGUUUAUAAAAGAGAUGGUAGGAAAGAACCUGUUAGGUUCGAUAAAAUCACUGCUAGAGUGCAAAGAUUAUGCUACGGUUUAGACCCAACCCACGUUGAACCAGUUGCCAUUACCCAAAAAGUUAUUGCUGGUGUGUAUCAAGGUGUCACCACCAUUGAGUUGGACAACUUGGCUGCUGAGACUGCGGCCACCAUGACCACAAUCCACCCAGAUUAUGCGGUGUUGGCUGCUAGAAUCGCUGUUUCCAAUUUGCACAAGCAGACUACAAAACAAUAUUCAGCAGUGUCAAAGAUCCUUUACGAAUACAUCAACCCAGAAACCAAGUUGCAUUCGCCAAUGAUCUCAAAGGAAACAUACGAUAUUAUACAAGAGCACGAAGACGAGUUGAACUCGGCAAUUGUAUACGAUCGUGAUUUCAACUACAAUUACUUUGGUUUCAAGACUUUGGAAAGAUCAUAUUUGUUGCGUGUUAAUGGUAAGGUUGCCGAGAGACCACAGCACUUGAUUAUGAGAGUUGCUAUUGGUAUACACGGAAGAGAUAUUCCAAGGGUGAUUGAAACUUAUAACUUGAUGUCGCAAAGGUACUUUACACAUGGUUCUCCAUGUUUGUUCAAUGCUGGUACGCCAAAGCCACAGAUGUCUUCAUGUUUCUUGGUUGCUAUGAAGGAAGAUUCUAUUGAAGGUAUUUACGAUACUUUGAAAACAUGUGCUUUGAUUUCCAAGAGCGCUGGUGGUAUUGGUUUGCACAUCCACAAUAUCCGUUCCACUGGUGCUUAUAUUGCAGGUACCAACGGUACCUCCAACGGUAUCAUUCCAAUGGUUCGUGUUUUCAACAAUACCGCUCGUUAUGUUGAUCAAGGUGGUAACAAGAGGCCAGGUGCUUUUGCCCUUUACCUUGAACCAUGGCACAGUGAUAUUUUUGAAUUCAUUGAAAUUAGAAAGAACCACGGUAAAGAAGAGAUUAGAGCAAGAGACUUGUUCCCAGCAUUGUGGAUUCCAGAUUUGUUUAUGAAGAGAGUCGAACAGAAUGGUGAUUGGACUUUGUUCUCACCAAAUGAAGCUCCAGGUUUGGCAGACUGUUAUGGUGAAGAGUUUGAGGAGUUGUACAACAAGUAUGUUGCUGAAGGACGUGGUAGACAGACCAUCAAGGCACAAAAAUUGUGGUACUCCAUCUUGGAAUGUCAAACUGAGACUGGUACCCCAUUCAUGUUGUACAAGGAUGCUUGUAAUGCCAAGUCAAACCAAAAGAACUUGGGUAUGAUCAAGUCGUCGAACUUGUGUUGUGAAAUUGUUGAAUAUUCAUCUCCCGAGGAAGUUGCUGUUUGUAACUUGGCCUCUAUUGCAUUGCCUUCUUUCAUUGAGCAAGAUGAAAACAAGAUUUGGUACAACUUUGAGAAAUUGCACGAUGUUACCAAGGUUGUUACCCGUAACUUGAACAGAGUCAUUGACCGUAACUACUACCCAGUUCCAGAAGCCGAAAAGUCAAACAUGAGACACAGACCAAUUGCCUUGGGUGUUCAAGGUUUGGCAGAUGCAUUUAUGGUUUUGAGAAUUGCUUUUGACUCUCAAGAAGCUAGAGAGUUGAACAUUCAAAUCUUUGAAACCAUUUACCAUGCAGCUGUCGAGGCCUCUAUUGAAUUGGCCCAAGAGGAAGGUGCCUACGAGACAUACCAAGGCUCACCAGCAUCUCAAGGCUUGUUGCAAUUUGAUUUGUGGAACAGAAAGCCAACCGAGUUGUGGGACUGGGAUGAAUUGAAAGCCAAAUUGGCCAAGCACGGUUUGAGAAACUCCUUAUUGGUUGCACCAAUGCCUACUGCCUCUACUUCACAGAUUUUGGGUAACAAUGAAUGUUUUGAACCAUACACGUCAAACAUCUACUCGAGAAGAGUGUUGGCAGGUGAGUUCCAAAUUGUUAACCCAUACUUGCUUAGAGACUUGGUUGAUUUGGGAAUCUGGAACGAUGCCAUGAAGAGUAGUAUCAUUUCCAAUAAUGGUUCCAUCCAAGCUUUACCUAAUAUCCCAGAUGAAAUCAAAGCAUUGUACAAGACAGUCUGGGAAAUCAGUCAGAAGCACAUCAUUGAUAUGGCCUCCGAUAGAGCUGCAUUUAUUGACCAAUCGCAGUCAUUAAACAUUCACAUCAAGGACCCAACAAUGGGUAAAUUGACCAGUAUGCAUUUCUACGGAUGGAAGAAGGGUUUGAAGACUGGUAUGUACUACUUGAGAACCCAAGCUGCCUCUGCCGCUAUCCAGUUCACCAUUGAUAAGAAGAUUGCUGAGCAAGCUGGUAACACAGUUGCUGACUUGAGGAAAUUGAAUAGAAAGACAUAUUUGAGCAGGGGCAGAAGUGGGAACACUGCAGCCUCGUCAUCAUCCGCCGAUAACUCGUAUGUCAAGAGUCCUUCAACAGAGCCAACUUCCUUGGAAAACUCUGUUGCUGAUUUGAGAAUCACUGAAAAGGAAAAAGAAAAGGAAAAGGAAGUUGAGCCAAAGAAGGAGGAAGAGCAAGAAAAAGAUGGAGAAGAGAAGGAAGCCGGUGUUGACAAUAGAACAAUCGAAGAGAUUGAAAAUGACAUCUAUAGUGCAAAAGUCAUUGCCUGUGCCAUUGAUAAUCCAGAAUCAUGUACCAUGUGUUCUGGUUAG